GUUUUAAGUUUUUCUCCUCUUUGUUUUUAAUUGUCUCCGGAGAACAGUUAAUUCGUUGCACAUCUUUAAAGCAGAACACGUGGUAAAACAUGCGCGACAUCCUCUGAAAUACUCUGCAGUGGUCUGUAGAAGAAUGGUGCUCAUCUUAAAAGAUGUUUUGUUGCUUGUGUUUACGUGCGUUUUAUUUAGAACAUUUUCGUGUGGUGAAUUUUUUUCUAGUUGACUUCAAAUAAUUUUUGUUCGUACACCAAUAAUUCGAAGAAAUUACGCAUCUAAGUUUGUUGUUUAAUUGAAAAGACUUGCGUACUAAAAGUAAUAAAUGAGAAUAAUUAUCAACUAUUGCGUUUAGAGUUGAUCUUAAGAAUUCAUCGUAUUUCUUAUUACUGGUAAGCUCUAUGCACUUUCACUCGGAACACACAUCAUUUGCUUCUUAGAAAGCACACGAAAAUAUUUUUUGGAAUAAUUAUUUAUGAGCUGAAUAAAGAAAAAACCAUUCAGUUCUUCUGAAACUGCGUGUACUGAAAUAAUUUAAUUUUUUAUGUGUACAAAGUCGAAAUAUAAGGAAAAAUAUUAAAUGACUCUGAUCAUCAUAGUUAAAUUUCAUGCAAUUUAUCUUCCAAUGCUGAUUUACUAUUUGUAUAUAACCGUACAUGUUAUGAUUCUGUAUCACAUUAUUGCAAUUAUACCAAAUCGAGGCUAUAUUUAUAACUUUGUUAGAAGUAGAUCACAGUAAUAAUUAUUUAUGUUUCAAGUGUUUCAUUGAUGAGAGUUUCCUAAUCGAGACUAUUUAUCAUCUUAUCAGAAGCAGAUCGCAGUAAUAAUUAUUUAUGUUUCAAGUGUUUCAUUGAUGAGAGUUUCCUAAUCGAGACUAUUUAUCAUCUUAUCAGAAGCAGAUCGCAGUAGUAAUUAUUUAUGUUUCAAGUGUUUCAUUAAUGCGUAUUCGAUUACAUUUAUCAUUUUGUCAGAAGAAAAUGGCAGUAAAAAUUAUUUAUGUUUCAAGUUUUUUAUUAAUGAGUAUUUCUUAACUCAGACUUUCGUUAUCAUUUUAUCAGAAGCAGAUUGCAGUAAUAAUUAUUUAUGUUUCAAGUGUUUCAUUAAAAAUACUUUCCUAAUCGAGACUAUAUUUAUAAUUUUGCCAGAAGCAGAUCGUAGUAAUAAUUGUUUACCUUUCAAAUAUUUCUUUAAUGAGUAUUUGAUUAUAUUUAUCACUUUGUCAGAAGCAUAUGGCAGUAAUAAUUAUUAAUGUUUCAAGUUUUUCAUUAUUGAGUACACCCUAACAGAGACUAUAUUUAUCACUUCGUUAGAGCAAAUAAGUAAUAUAUUGCUCAUUUAGAUGGAAUUUGCUAUCAAUUUUUAACUGAGUUUAUUUCGGUUGAAGUAAUUUUUAAUUCCAGAUUUUGUCGAUGCAUUUCGUCUUUAAUUUUAUAAAUACCUUUACCCAUUCAAAGAGGCAAUGAAGAAAAUUUCAAUCACAUUACUAAUGGACGCUUUAAAAUUUAAUUAUUUAUUCUUGGUAAAAUACGUAUCAAAUUUUUAGCAUAGGCAUCAUUUUGUGUGCAUCGUUAAGAUUUCAUUCUUUUACAAUGCAUUGAAACAAAAAACACCAAGACUAUUUGAUGUGUUCAAAAAUUUAUAAGCUAAGCGCAAAAAUAUUCGAGCCAGAAAAAAGCUCUGAUCAAAUGCUUCAGAAACCCGAUAACAGAAUGGCAAAUUGUAAGAACGCUUCUAAAUUAGCCAAGUGCAGACAUUACUUCCGCGUGUUCAUCACGCACUUAUUUUCACAUGUCGGACUUUGUGGCUUGGUUGUCGGAUACGCCAUCGUCGGGGCUCUAACUUUUGAAUCUCUGGAAGCACCCAAUGAGAUCAAUCAGAGAUCCACCAUCCAGAAAGACCGAGAAAAAUGUUUAAAAGAUCUGUGGAAUAUUACAGUCAACCUGAAUGUUCUGUAUGAGGAGAACUGGACGAUUUUGGUUGGCUCGAGGCUGAAACUCUUCGAGCAAGAAGUGGUGAAUGCGGUGAAAAACGAAGGUUACGAUGGUAAGGAGAGCAACGACGACGAGCUGCAGUGGUCAUUUUCGGGUGCUUUACUGUACUGCAUCACAGUGAUUACGACAAUUGGUUAUGGCAACAUUGCUCCGAAGACAGACGUCGGAAAAGUUGUGACGAUAUUCUACGCUCUGUUUGGUAUUCCGUUGAUGCUUCUGUGCCUCACCAACAUCGGAGAUCUUUUGGCCCGAUCGUUCAAAUUCACCUAUUCUCAUCUUUGCUUCUUAUGCAGGAACCCCAGGAGGACGCAGCCGAUUCCGAUUCAGAAACAGCAGGUUGGAGAAGUGACGAAAACUCCUUUGGAUAAACCUAUGGAAAUAUCGACAUUAGAGCUCUGCAAUGGCGACGACAAAACCCUCAGCGGAAACUCCCCUCCCCUCUCAUCUUCACCAACAAAAUCACAAAUCUCCAACAACACGACCAGCGUCGUCGUCAUGCCAGAACCUACACCUGUAGUCGUCGAGCGCGUAUAUCGCGACAACUCCACAGCUGAGGAGCAACGCGUGCCGAUGUACAUGGUGCUACUCCUAGUAACGGGAUACAUCUGUGGGGGUGCUGUCCUGUUCUCUCUCUGGGAAAAGUGGACUUUCCUAAACGGUGCUUACUUCUGCUUCAUCACCCUUAGUACCAUCGGAUUCGGAGACCUGGUGCCGGGAUCGGACAUUUUCGAUGCUCAGAGCGGGCAGGCAAAGCUCAUUAUUUGUUGCAUUUACUUGAUAAUGGGCUUGUCCAUCAUCGCCAUGUCGUUUAACCUUGUCCAAGAAGAAGUGGUGAUCAAAUGCAAGAAUUUGGCUCGGAAUUUGGGACUGCUGAGGUCACAGCAUGAUGACGACGAUGAUGAUUAAACACAUUUAUAUAUCUCCUGUAA